UGGGUUUUGAAAACUCAGCUUUUUGACUCGUUCAGACCGUCUGGGUUAUCCACAUGAAGACUUCUUGCAGCCAGAGGCGGCGGUGUCCGUGACGGCAUUCUUCCUGGAUAUUCAGGGACUUUCCGCUCCACCACUGCCUACAACAAAGAUCCUGCUGGUAUUAGAUUAAAGAAGUGUCCUAAUUAAGAGAGGAUAAAACAUUUUCUUAUUGGGUUUUUAGAAUUCAAUUAUGGAGGCUUAAACACCCACAAAAGAGAUGUCCGCUGCGGGGGGAGGGGUUUGAGAGGGCAUAUCCCUUGGUCUGUGUCAAUGCAUUUGUGUGUGCUUAAUACAUUUAUUUAAUUUUAUGUUUGUACAAAAUAUCACCAAAAUUAUGUUUGACUUUAAUUUAUUAGAUGUAUUAAACAUGCUGUUAUUUCUUAUACAAGAUAAUAAAUGGUGUGCAGACCCUGGGUGAUUUUAUUUGGUGAUAUUUUAUUAUUAUUUAAGAAUUCAUCUCAGUCUUCUCACAUUAUUGAAAUAGUAGCUGCUUUUCACCACACACGUGGUUUUUGUUUCUGCAACUGGUUGAGUCAGAGGUAGUGCCUUAAGGUAAAAUUAAUAAAGGUGUCAGAAAUGUGACGUUAAGGAAGAAAGAUUAGAAACUGUGAGGUUCCUAAUGCAGUUUGUAUCCAUUACUGUGAGAUGACGGCUGCUAGGUUUUGUUUCUUCUCCACUAUUUAAAUUUUGCUCUUAGCCGAGUCAUUUUCUCUUUUACUUUUCCGUCCCUCCACCUUCUCUGCCCCCACAUCUUCUUUACCAUUCUCCGUUUUGGUGUGAGUUACUGUGUCUCUGUGAAGAUCAGACCUCGGGUUUUCUCAAACCCCUCUCCCUUUGAAGGACAUCUCUUUUACCUUUAAAUAAACUUUCUUUAAUACAAAAAUGGAAACUCUUGUUCAACUAAAAAAUAACCAGUUCUUAAUGGGGCUGUGUCGCAAUGGAGCCCCACCUGACCUGCAAUAUGACAACUCUUCAGAGCUCUAUCGAAUCUCUACCUUUGCUCGUUUCCCGGCUUCGGGGGUCACAGAGCGAAGUCUGGCAAGGGCUGGUUGGUUUUACACUGGCGUGGGUGACCGCGUUCAGUGUUUUAGGUGUAACGUGACAGCAGAAGGUUGGCAGGCGGGAGACUGUCCGACAGAGAAACACAGACAGCUCUCUCCUUCCUGCUCCUUCAUCCAGAGCCUCCCGUCUACAGCCAACCUGCUCUCCUCCUCUCACUCUGCCUUCUCGCCACUCCGCAUUGCCCCGGCCAUACCGAUUUCUGCUCCAGGCCCUGCUGCUUCUAACCCAACUGCAGGUCAAGGGGAAGAGCCAGUGGGCUACUUAAACAUGGGUUUCUCUGCUCCGCCGCCCUCCAGCCCUCUCAGCUCUCGCGGCAUAGAGGACAUGUCUCACCAGAGACCAACAUGUCACAACCCCAGCAUGCGCAGAGAGCAGGACCGCCUAGACUCCUUUCACCCCUGGACACUCUCCAUCAUAACUCCCGCAGAGCUCGCCAAGGCCGGCUUCUACUACCUGGGUCAAGGGGACCGAGUGGCCUGCUUCAGCUGUGGAGGACAGGUGUGUCUCUAUCGCCACAGGGAACGUGUAGCUGAUUUGAGUAACUGGGAACCAGGAGAUAGAGCUGUGUCCGAACAUCAGAGGCAUUAUCCAAACUGUCGAUUUGUGCGUGGCGACAGAGCCGACAAUGUGUCCCUGGCAGGAGCUACUGGAGCUGCAUCUGGAGGAGUGACUUCUCAAGUCUCCGGAGGAGCUCCAACCCUCAGUAAUGUCUCUAACCCGGCCAUGCAGCAGAGUGAGGAGAGGCUGCUCACCUUCGUCAACUGGCCGUCUCGUAUCCCCGUCCGACCUGAUCAGCUUUCUAAAGCCGGCUUCUACUACGUAGGUCGUAAUGAUGACGUUAAGUGUUUUUGUUGUGAUGGAGGCCUGCGAUGCUGGGAGUCCGGAGACGAUCCAUGGGUGGAACAUGCUAAAUGGUUUCCUCGGUGUGAGUAUUUACUCCAGGAAAAGGGACAAGAGUUUGUUCACCAGAUCCAGGCUCGCUUCCCACGGCUGUUUGAGCAGCUUCUAACAAAUGGAGACAGCAACUCCAGAGAGUUUGUGGAUCCACCUGUGGUCCACCUUGGCCCAGGAGAGGAGCGGUCAGAGGACGCCGUCAUGAUGAACACUCCUGUGAUAAAGUCGGCUCUGGAGAUGGGUUUUGAGCGAGGCCUGGUCAAACAGACGGUCCAGAGUAAGAUCCUGACGAGUGGAGAGAACUACAGAACCGUCCAGGAGCUCGUCUCGGACCUGCUGAGUGCCGAAGAUCAGAAGAGAGAAGAGGAGAGAGAGAUGUUAGCGGAGGCCAUGGCAUCAGAUGGCUUUACUUUUGUGAAGAGACACCAGGCAGCACUGAUCCAGCGUCUUAAGAGUGUUGAGCCGGUGUUGGAGCACCUUCGGGAGCAAAAUGUGUUGUCUCCAGAGGAGUACAGUGGCCUGAAGGCUCAGACAUCUGCCCAGCAGCAGACCGCCAGGCUGAUCGAGCUCGUCCUCACCAAGGGAAACGCUGCGGCUGAGGUCUUCCGCAACUGGAUCCAGAAAAAUGAUGUCCACCUCCUCAGAGAUCUCAUGGCCCAGUCAAACGAAGCUGCAUCGCCCAGCCAAGAUCUUUCAGAUCUCCCCAUGGAGGAGCAGCUGCGGCGCCUGCAGGAGGAACGUACCUGUAAGGUGUGCAUGGACAAAGAAGUCAACAUCGUCUUCAUCCCCUGUGGACACUUGGUAGUGUGCAAAGAAUGCGCACCAUCGCUGAGAAAGUGCCCAAUCUGCAGAGGCCUGGUCAAAGGCACGGUCCGAACCUUCCUCUCAUAAACAGGGAGCAUCUCCAGAUUGAGAGCACAGUCUGGAGAUGCUCCCUGUAUGAAUGUCACAAUGAAUGUAAGCAAUAGUAUCUAAAAUCACAUUGACUGGCUAGAGCAGGAUGGUGGCUAUGAAUCUUUUGUCUGUUUCCUGAUUGACAUUUGAGCAAAUACCAAGGUCCUACAUGGUUUUAAACUGUAUUCUUAACUAAUAGAGAUGUCAAAUAAAGGAUGUCAAACUUACUAGUACACUACUUUCAGAUUAAGACUCAAUUUUAUCUGAUUUUUAUCACAUUAUCUGACCUCUGCUAUUAGGGCUACAUUAUUUGGGGUCAUAAUAAUAAAAAAGGGUAAUAUUUCCUGUUAUAGAAAACUAACAGAGUACCGUAAACAGUAUACAAUCAUACAUAAUCAUCAGAAUCCACUGAGUAAUACAGUUACACAUUAUACCAGCUUAGAAAACAUUUAAAACAAAUAUUUCAAGUAUUGUGCUUCAAAGAUGUGUUAUGAUUCAUUUAGAAGUCUGUAACAGCAGCUCUGCAGUAAAUAAAGUGUGAUGAAGGUUUAAA